GAGGGAAACCGAUAACGGCUUAUCCUUUGCCAGCAACUUGAAGCUCUUCCUUUUUCCUCUUUAUCUGAUUUUCAAUGGCAUCCUCUCAGCUAAGCCACUCACUGCAAAAUGAACAGAAAACUGAAGACUUAGAAUUCCCUCUGAAGGAAAUUGGAAAUGAAGGUCUAACAAAACGGAUUCUCAGAAAUGGAGUCACUUGGCAAACUCCGUUCUCCGGAGACGAAGUGGAAGUUCAUUUCAGAGGACAAGUUGAAAACGGAGCACUUCUUGAUUCCAGUUAUGAUAAAGGGUCGUCAUUUCGUUUCAAAUUAGGCCAAUGUGAGGUUAUCAAAGGUUGGGAUGAAGGAGUUGCCACCAUGAAGAAAGGGGAGAGAGCAAUCUUCAAAAUGCCACCCAAUUUGGCAUAUGGGGGAGCAGGUUCUCCACCAUUGAUCCCUCCCAAUGCAACUCUUAUUUAUGACAUUGAAAUGCUGUCUUGGAGCACCAUCAGGGACUUGACCGGAGACGGAGGAAUCAUGAAAAAGGUGAUUAGGGAGGGAGAAGGAUGGGCUGCUCCCAAAGAUGCUGAUGAGGUCCUAGUGAAAUAUGAAGCAAGACGAAAGGAUGGGAUGCUUGUCUCUGAGCCUGAUAAAGGGGUGGAGUUUAAUGUAAGUGAUGGCUAUCUCUGUCCUGCAAUGAGUAUAGCAGUAAAGACAAUGCGAAAGGGCGAGAUUGCAGAGCUAACUAUCAAAUUCUUAUAUGGGCUCAAUCAAAAUUCAAAUAGAACCAAUGAGGUUGAUGGUUUACUAGAUUUUAUGUUCACUACCAUCAAACUUGAGCUGGUAUCAUGGAACAUUGUUACUGAUAUCUCGGGAGAUAAGAAGAUACUGAAAAAAAUUAAGAAAGCCGGUGAGGGGUUUGAUCGUCCAAACGAAGGAUCCCAAGUGAAAGUGAUAUAUUUGUGCAAACAAGAAGAUGGUACAGUUAUUGAGAGAAAAGGGUCAAAGGAAGAACCUUUUGAAUUCACAACUCAAGAAGACCAGGUACAUGAGGGUCUAGAAAGAGCAAUAAUGACAAUGAAGAAAGCAGAACUGGCUCUGGUAACAAUCAGUGCUGAAUAUUUGUGUGACCAUAAUAAUUUACAUGGAAACACAGCCAAUAAUAAAGUCCUUUAUUACGAAGUCGAAUUGGUAGAUUUCAUUAAGGAAAAGCCAUUUUGGAAAUUGGACACUCAAGAGAAAAUAGAAGCUUGUGAGAGGAAGAAGCAUGAUGGAAAUUUGUUGUUCAAAGCUGAAAAUUUCAGGCGCGCAUACCAUAAAUAUGACAAGGCUGUAAAAUACAUUGAGUUUGAUCACUCAUUCAAUGAAGAUGAGAAGCGUCAUGCUAAUUCGUUACGAUUAUCCUGCAAUUUGAACAAAGCUGCCUGUAAACUUAAACUGGGGGAGUACACUGAAGCUUCCAGACUAUGCUCAAAGGUGUUAGAACAAGACCCUUUAAAUGUGAAGGCUCUUUACAGAAGAUGCCAAGCAUACCUGAAGACAUCAGACUUAAAGAAAGCUGAGGCUGACAUUAAAAGAGCUCUGAUUCUUGAUCCAAAUAGCAGAGACCUUAAACUUGAGUACAAAGAGCUGAAACUUAAGCAAAAGGAAUACACCAGAUGUGAGGCUGACAUAUUUAGCAAAUGCUUUCAAGGAUGAGCUUAGUUCUGAAAGUGAUUUGUGUUCCAAAUUUCUUUUUUUAGCAUAAAAAUCUCUGCAUCAUAGAAAAUUAUAUAAUGAUUACUGUUCCUUGUGACGGAAGUUACUUCUGUAAAUUGACUCCAGAAAGUUACUAUUGCAUAUUUAUAGAUGAAACAAUGAAAUUAAGCACUA